AUGUUUUGGAAGGUUCUACUUCUCACUGCGGCCGUAAAGGCCCAGAAUCUGAAUGGGUUGAACCACCUGCGGUUUGGCUGCUCCCAAAUCACCAUCGAACGCCUGGAUCCCCUCGUCAAUCCUGGUCAGGUUCCAACACCUCAUAUGCACCAGGUUGUCGGAGGAAACGCCUUCAACGCAUCGAUGCCAAGUGCGGAUAUCUCCAAGAUCGCGUCGUGCACCACGUGUGGACCUCCCGAAGACCGAUCUAACUAUUGGACUGCCAACCUGUUCUUCAAGGCCCGUAAUGGAACAUUCAAACGCGUGCCGCAGGUUCCCAACAGGUUUCUCUUCAAUGACAGAUUUACGACUCAGACGAACGGUGGGGUUACAGUAUACUACAUUGCUCCCAAGAAGAAUACGGUGACGGCCUUCAAGCCUGGUUUCCGCAUGCUGGUCGGAGAUCCAAUGAAUCGGAAACCAAGAUACAAAUCGCAAAGCUGCUUCCGAUGCUACUCUGCGCCGAAUUUUGGAGGGGAUGAUCUCGCUCCAUGUUCGGAUGCCAGGCGCGACUUCGAGGGCUUUCCACCCCAGCCAUGCCCUGGCGGCAUCCGUUCCAACAUUCUGUUUCCGACCUGCUGGGAUGGGAAAAACCUCGAUUCGCCGAACCACCAGGACCACGUCGCGUACCCCGUCAAAGGGCCGUCCAAUUUUCUAUCGACUGGCGACUGCCCGGCAAGCCACCCAGUGAAGAUCCCGCAGCUGAUGCUCGAGAUCGUGUGGGAUACGACGGGCUUUAACAACAAGGCGGAUUGGCCGGCGGAUGGCUCCCAGCCCUUUCACCUCAGUACAGGAGACAAUACAGGAUACGGCCAGCACGGGGAUUAUGUUUUCGGAUGGAAGGAUGACUCUCUCCAGAAGGCCAUGGACGCCAACGGCUGCUUCAGUGCGACAUGUGGGGGGCUGAAAACCCAAGAUAUCAACACUGCCAACAAGUGCGUCAUCAAGAAGACGGUGAAGGAGGAUACCGAAGGAUGGUUGACGGUCCUUCCAGGUGUUCCCAUGAAGGUGUGA